AUGGCGUCGGCGGCACAACUCACAAUCACGCUGCCCGUCCUUCCCGGCGGGUGGAGCGCCGAAAAGGACUUCAAGGCCGUCGGCCGUCUCUCGGGCGCCACGCAGCGAAGCAUCGAGCCCGUCGGCCCUCACUUUCUCGCCCACGCUCGCCGCUCGCGCAACAACCGCACCUUUUCCGAAGACGACCGCAUCCAGGCCCAGGAGAACGCCAAGAAGAUUGAGGAUGGCGACGAGAGCGACGCCAGCGAGGCCGAGGACCCCAUGAUGCUCCAGCUGCAGGCCAAAGACUGGAAGACCCAAGACCACUACAAGGUCCUCGGCUUGUCCAAGUACCGCCACAAGGCCAGCGAGGAGCAAAUCAAAAAGGCCCAUCGCAAAAAGGUGCUCAAGCACCACCCGGACAAAAAGGCCGCCCAGGGCCACACCGAGGACGACCAGUUCUUCAAGUGCAUCCAAAAGGCCACCGAGGUGCUACUCGACCCCGUCAAGCGGCGCCAGUACGACUCGGUCGACGAGGAGGCCGACGUCGAGCCCCCCACCAAGAAGCAGCUGCAAAAGGGCGACUUCUACAAGCUCUGGAGCAAGGUCUUCAAGUCGGAGGCGCGCUUCUCCAAGACGCACCCCGUGCCCACCUUUGGCGACGCAAAGUCGGCGCGCGAGCACGUCGAGGACUUUUACAACUUUUGGUACAACUUUGACAGCUGGCGCUCCUUUGAGUACCUCGACGAGGACGUGCCCGACGACAACGAGAACCGCGACCAGAAGCGUCACGUCGAGCGCAAAAACGCAAACGCCCGCAGGAAGAAGAAGGCCGAGGACAACACGCGCCUGCGCAAGCUGCUCGACGAGUGCUCCGCCGGCGACGAGCGCAUCAAGCGCUUCCGCCAAGAGGCCAAUGCCGCCAAGAACAAGAAGCGCCUAGAAAAGGAGGCGGCCGAGAAGCACGCGGCCGAAGAGGCCCAGGUCAAGAAGGAGGCCGAGGACAAGGCGGCGCGCGAGGCCGAGGAGCGGGCCAAGACGGACCGCGAGGCGGCCAAGAAGACCAAGGAGGCGGCCAAGAACGCCGUCAAGAAGAACAAGCGCGUUCUCAAAGGGUCCGUCAAGGACGCGGGCUACUUUGCCGGCGGCGGCGACGCGUCGGCGGCGCAGAUUGACGCGGUGCUGGGCGACGUGGAGCUGGUGCAGGGCAAGCUGGACCCCGACGAGAUUGCGGCGCUGGCGGGCAAGCUGGGCGGGCUGAGCGUGGCCGACGACAUCAAGGCUGCGUGGAGCGGCGAGGUGAAGCGGCUGGUCGGGGCCGGCAAGCUCAAGGACGGCGAGGCCAAGUCGCUGCAGUGA